CUGAGCCCCUGUUCUCCGCUCGCCGAGUUUACACCAAGCCAUUUGGUAUGACUCGAGCACUAUGGUAUUGUCUACUGACGUUCUCCUUUAUCGAUCGAACGGAAACAAGUCCAGAUGAACCACAACUUACUUUUGAAGAUCUCUAUCAGUAUGGUAAAUACGACUACACCGAUAAAAAUUGGCCUUCUUGCGUGGCCUUCAUGAGGAGGGCAAUGGAGGAUUUUCAAUACUUUGAGGAUGAGCUAGUCUGGUGCAGACGUAAAUGCACCCAGCAAGUCGAAUCACCAGAUGCGAGUUCCUUCUCGCAGAUGCAUGCCCACUCUGAGCGAGCGAUAUGUUUGCUUCGCUGUAAGAGAGAUAAAUUUACCGAGAACCGGCCACCUUUGAAGAAAAUGAAUACAUUCUACGAUUUUCUGGAGCGAAAACCAUAUCUGUAUUUGCAUAUCUGCUACUGGAAGAUGGGUGAACUCGGAAUGGCAGUAAAGAAUGCCUAUACGUACUUGGUGAAGAAUCCAGAUCACAAAGACACUCUUGAUGGUUUGGCCUUCUACAUGGAGCAACCGGGUUAUGAUGAUAGCAUGCUUGUCGACCUCCUUCGAAGGCCUUAUGAGGAGAAAUACAUCUCGGGAGUGAAAGCUUACAACGAGGAGGACUGGAAUCGCUGUGUCAAUGAUCUAGAAUCAUCUUUGGAAAAGACUCUAGAAGAGGAUCAGAGAUGCCGCCUGCUUUGCGAAGACAAAAUUGACUGGAGUGCAGUUGAUGGAAAUCCCGAGCUGGAUGUGCUCAUGACCAGUAUGCAAGCAUCAGUUGUUCGUUGCCAGCACAACUGUCUUUACCAACUCGGGCUCAUAAAUGGACACAAUGUUGGGCAUCUCCUGGCUUCCCAUUUUGAAUAUCUCCAUUUCUGCUAUUACAAACUCAUGCGCGGUACGGAAGCUGCUCGUUCGGUGGCGAAUUUCCUUCUUUUUGACAAAGAUCCACUGAUGCAGAGGAAUAAGUAUUCCUACAGUAGACAGUUCAAUAAAGACGAGCUUUUUGAACCAGAUCAGCGCAUUGUGGAAGUUUACAAGCAGCGCACAUUGGAAGAGCGAUAUUUGAAAUUUAUUGAGGAAAAAUUCAAGUUCGUCAACAAUGAGUUCCCGCCCGAAAUGCAAGACGAUAGAAAGAAGUUUGACGACUCGAUCUCUAUAGAAGACAAAUUCGACUACGCGGCAGUAGGGAAACUACUCUCUCAGACUGAAUGCAAAGCUCUUCGUUCGAGCUUUCCCGAUCCUCACAGUGAACAGAUUCUCAAAGAACUAGAGGAGCGCAUUGAGAUUCUUUGGCCGACAGCCAAGUUCACUGAUCGUGCCUGCAGCCGCGAGUCGCGCACAGCUGCCUGCUCACGAGCCGUUGUGCUCUCGAUUGAGAACGACGACUGCUCGGAGUGGCUAGGAGCCAUGCACACUGGUUGCGCGAUUGUUUUUUGCACAUAAAGCAUCACUUCGAUUCCUGAAGUCAUCGCAUACGUGUACAAUUCCACCAUUGCCCUUUUACUCCAGUCAUCUCAAUUUUUUCAAAUGCACUGCCGAAAAAUAAAAAAUUUCAU